CCCACGUCUGUACUUAAUUAGUCGCCACGGGCGUAUUCAGAGGAUCAAGCGUUAGACUGACCUCCUCCCGCCCUCACAUUCAUGGCUGUCGUUGCUCUUACCAGGAGUUCCGGAGGUCUUAGAGACGUCUAUGGAAGGGGAAUGAAUAUUCAGAGUGAAGCAUACUACCUUCCUGCGGAUUCAGAAGAGCAUGAUAGGCUUACGCUGCAGCACCGCAUGUGGAAACUCAUGUAUGGAGGGUCAGGCUUCUACCCCCCAGAGGUGGAAGAAACCAUGCAGAAGCUGCUUUCCCAAAGGCCUGGCGGAGAAGAUGCGACUCCGCCAUCUAUUCUCGAUUUAGGCUCCGGUUCUGGUAUCUGGGCAGCGGAGAUGGCCGCGUUCUAUCCGCAUGCGAAUGUGGUCGGAUUAGAUCUAACCGAGCCAAAGUUACGGAAUUUGUUUCCGCCUAAUUGCAGCUUCGUUAUGGCCGAUUUGACAAAAGGCCUAGACGACUACAGGGAAUCAUUUGAUGUGGUGCAUUGCCGCUGCGUAGCCGGACACAUCCUUAAUAGAGCCCAGCUAAUGCAAGAAAUCGUAAAAGUCCUGAAACCAGGCGGGCUCCUCCUAAUUGGUGACGCCAAUGCUAAGCUGUUUAGUCCCGAUGGAUCAAUUGUUGUGCCUGCUGCCUCCUCCAAUACACAGUUCUUAUCGAAUAAACUCGGCAGUCCUAAUGCGGAGCCAGGGGGUAGCUGGAUGGCGCUCUGGUUCCAAGAAGUAAUUGGUCGGCAGCUCGCUUCACACAAUGAUCCGGACUACUUGGGUGGCGAACACGUCGGAAAUUUAGUACGCAAGGAGCCUACGUUGGAGUUUACUGGCAAACGUACAUAUUUAAGCCCCGUCCGCCCAUGGAAACCCUUACGGCCUGAUGAUGGCGAAGAUAGAAGGGAAGAAUGUGAGCGUAGUGAGGGACUUGCACGGUUGACGGGUCGGAACAUGCUCAACUUCCUGCCAGCAAGCAAGCCGUUCCUACUAUCAAGUGGCAUACCAGAGGAAAUUGUCAACGAUUGGUUUCAGCGUGCUCGUACAGAGGUCACAGACCCUUGUUCUAAUGCGAACUGGGCAAUACGAUGGGACAUGGCUUGGGCAACGAAGAGAAGUGACUAGUCAACGGCCGAUGAUAACCUUCGAGACUUCACUUAUUUCUAUUCAUGACGGUAUGAUUGGUUCUCUUUACAUGAUACUUCAGAGAUUUCGGAUGUUGUCAUAUAGACUGGUACGAUCAAAUGCGCAAUAUUUCUUCAAUAAAC